AUGAGUUCUCAUAUUCUUCAUAAACCCCAGAGGGAGCUGAACGGCAUGUCGCUGUACUUCUUCCAGGAUGUGGCCAUUAUUGUGUUCAGCAGGGGAGAGAACCGGCUCAACCUGGAGUUUGUGCAGACUUUGGACACACUGCUUGAUGAUGUUCAGAGCAGUGAGACAUGCAAGGGCCUGAUUACAACUGGCAGUGGCAAGUUCUAUGGAAAUGGCCUUGACCUUGAGUGGAUGGCCACACUGACCCAGCCGGACCUCUACAGUUUCAUCUCCACGUUUCAAAGACUGCUCAAACGUAUUCUCUAUUUUCCACUUCCUACAUUGGCAGCGUUGAAUGGUCACGCAUAUGCCGGUGGUGCCUUGUUUGCUUUUGCCCAUGAUCUGCGGACAUUCCAUCAGGGCAAGGGUUGGCUGUGUUUAAACGAGGUGUUCAUUGAGAGGAGGUUUUCAGAUUUUCAUUUGUCAUUUCUCAAGAUUAAAGUUGGAUAUGGAAAGAAUCUGACAGAUGCGGUGGUGCUUGGCCGACGGUUUACUCCAGAGGAAGCCUUCACUGCAGGGCUGACCCAUGCCAUCCCAAAAGAAAGUGUGCUGUUAGCCGAGUCUGUGAGGCUUCUCAAGGCCUUCCAUGGGAAAUCAGGCUACCCUAGGGACAGUUUGGCCAACAUGAAAGAGGAUGUUUAUCGGGACUGUCUUGCAGCCUAUGAGAAGGACAUCCAGAGAUUUGGUGAUUUGGCUUCUAAAUUGUAA